GCUUCAGGAAAAGAUAAAAAAAGGGGAAAACACUUUCAAGAGCGCAGGCCUAGUGGUCAUUGCUUCGUGCUUUGUCUCGUUGAAUGAUUGCUGCGUAUGAACUUUUACCACCCGUAGCUUUUGCGUCUCGCACUGCGGAGCGCCUUUGGAUCAAGUUCUGCGGCUCUGCUGCUCGCAGGAAACACUUCGUCGUGUUGAUCGCUACUCCCAUCCCGAUUUGUAGCGCUAGCAUCUCGGAAGCAGCGAUGGUUAGCUGUACCUUCAAACUUCGCACUAAAAAGUAAGUCGACUACGGCAAAAACCUACGCUCCUCGCUUGCUUCGACGCAACCUUGCUUCUAAAGAUGGAAAAGCGCGACACAGUCGGUGGUUCAGCGAACGUCACCGAAAACUCUCCGAUCGCCGGUGCCGGUAAUGGCUGUGUGGCGGGUCGACAUGCCGACGAGGCGAGCUCGACUGCCGAUGUGAUCGCUGAUCGCUCAGCGCGGCCGUAUGACCGCGGCGAGACGAUUGAGGACAUCUUGUUGGAACUCAACGCGACGAGUCGGAGCGCUGUUCCUGCGCCCGUGGAAACGCCGCAAGCCCCCGUUGAAGAGUCUGACAGAGAUUCAACGUGCGACAAGAAAACGGAAUCGAUCGCAUCGUCGGGUUGUGGUGCGCACGCUUUAGAAGAGGACGAUUUGCGCAACCCCGGCGUCGAUCCCGAGCCACGGUCUUCGGAGAUAGACUACGACGACUACAUCGUCGCCGAUGAGGCUAGCGCUGACGAGGGUACCACUCAAGAUGACUGUGCCACAAAAGACGAAAAUGAAGAUCGCGUGCCGCUUCCACCAUCUGGUAACGACAACAACGGUGAAGAGAAAAACGAAUGCUCGGAAGCCGCCGCCACCUCUUCCGAAAAAGCCGGUGGUACAGUCGUAGCCGAGACCGUGAAAGUGACGCAGCUUGAUAGUCCAGUCAAGUCCAUGGUCGGGAGUCAGGAAUCGGGUGAGGUGAAGGAAUCCAAAAUGUCGAGCGGUCCAGUAUCUGAAGUGCCCGGAACGCCACGUAGGACCGGCCGUCAGAGAAAUGCUCCGCAGAGGUUGGCGGACGGCACCGAGAAACGUUCCCCUGAACGUAAGCAGACCGGACCCCAAAAACCGGCUGCAGAAGCCGCCGCGGCAGAACUUUUAACAGUUGACCAGAACCAUCAUGCAGAAGCUGUACCGAACGGCAACGGCAAUCUAGCUGGGCAGACGUACAAGGUAUCUCCCGGGAAACAGCAUUUGACCAAAGCACAAAGAAAGCUCAUGGUUGACGAUGAAGUGCCUGCAUUGCCAAAGCAAGUGACCCCGAGAAAGCGUGCAAGUAAAUUAAUCGUGGAGGAAGCUGCUGUUCCCCCUGAAGCAUCUGUCAUUGUGAAACCAGAAAUCUUUUCGGAUGGUGACAAUCCUCUGAUUGAAUGCAAAACAAAGGCAUCACCCAGGGGUAAGCGAUUGACCAAAGUGCAGAGCCAAGGUGCACUUGAAGAUCAAACAUCUGCAUCGCCCAAAAAGGGUACUCCGAGAAAACGAGUUGCUACACCAGCUGUGGAACAAAUGACAGCCAAGGCCCCCACCAAUGGUAAUGAACCAGGCAUUCUUUCAGGAAGUGAUGUUCCUCUGGUCAUACACAAAACCAAGCCACUGCCCAGAGCCAAGCAACCACCCAAGGCCAAGCAAUUACCUAUUUCUUCCAAAAAGGGUACAUCAGGAAAACGUGUAACCACGGAAGAAGCCUUGCUUCCUGAAAUUGCUGGAACUGAUGCCCAGGCAGAAGUCUUUUCGGAUGAGGAUGCUCCCUUAGCAAAACGUAGAAAGAAGCAAUCUUCUGCAAGUAACAUGCUGACGAAAGUGCAGAAACAGCUUGCAUUAGAGAAACUACCAUCUGGUUUGCUAAAACGGGGCACAUCAACAGAACAUGCAUCCAGGUCAGCUUCAGAUGUGCCCGCUGUUGCAAACAGCACCGUCCAGCCAGACUUUCUCUCUGAUGAUGAGGAACCACUUAAUAAACGCAAAACAAAGGCUUCACCUAAGAAGCAGGCAGUCAGAGCAAAAAAACAGUUAACACUUGAAGAACAACCACAGGUCACAUCCGGUCGAGCGGUGCCAAGAAAGCGUCGGAGCAACGUCGACGCAGGCCUUGAAGUGUCAUCUCCACCUAGAAAAGAACUAGAAGUGAAAACAAGAGGCAAGAAGCAGAGAACAGCAGCUGAUAAGGACCUGGAACUUCCAGCAGCAUCUGCUUUGGGGACUCUGUCUAAUGAGAACCAAGAGCCUUCUCUAGCCAAAAUGCAACAAAAGGCAGCAAAAAGUGUAAGAGCUUCGAAGAAACCUGGACAACUCAAAGGGCUUCCAACCGAGCCUGAUGAACAGCCUAUGGAGCAUGCAGAUGUAGUGCAGGAAAAGCAGGCUACAUUGGAAACUGAUCCUCUUCAGCAAGUGCAUCCUAAAGAGUCCCCGUCCAGUUCUCCACACCCCAGAUGCAUCUCGGGUAGUCUACAAAAUCAAGACCUGUGGACUCUGCGUGAUUCUCCCUCCUGGAGAGCGGAACAGUUUGUCUCGUCGGACCGUCUGCUGAGGGAGACCGUCUGCCUCGGCCUCCGUGAACGAGAGGUGACAACAGGUCCCGCUUUCUUGACUAUCGAGGUCCCUUCCUCGGGCCUCGACCCCAGACGGUGCUGGGGACCGAAGUCUGCUCGUAGAAGGCCCACCGUGGUUUUUGGUGGCUGUGAUCCUUACAAGAUGUAUGUGAAUGUGCACGGCACAAGGGUCCUGCUGCAGCAGUGGAGCCGGGUGUCCAACAUCACGCCGACUGUACGACUCACCGACAUGUUUGCUACAUUUUCUUUGAAGUGAUGUCACAAUUUUGUUGUGCACACUCAACAAAAGGUCUAUUGCAAGGCUUUUUGUUCAGUGAUGUCAGAAUUUUGUUCAUUUCCUCUUCAUAUUGCUAGUGUACUCAAAAUAUGGCUGGCUGGGUUUGUUCUUGGAUUUUAGAAGUUUUUUUCGGAAAGUUAUUUGUGGUCGAGCAACUUUUUCUGAAUGCAAAGCAUUUCGUCGAUUGUCAUGGUACAUGAUGUGUUUACUCCACAGCAGCGUUUUGUGGUUUAUUCCACACACCUUUAAGGUGGACUUGAGAGUAUGAAUUGGAUAGAUUUUGACAUUGUGACAGGCCAUCUUGUUUUUCUGUUUUACACAUAUCCGUAGCGAAUUGUAGUUUGAACAUGUACCGACGGGGGACUUGGUCUCUUUGGAUGUGCUGCACGUGUUUCUAGACUGUGCUGCUUGGUGGUUUAGAUGUAUACUAAACACCUUGAUUACCAACCUCCAUAUUCAUAUCCCGUGUGGAUGUUGGGCACACCGUCGUAAAAUUGGAGUCCCGGUUUUUUUUAUUUUAAAGUGCUUCUGCGGCUUGGUUGGGAAAAAAAGUGAAGGUUUUUUGGUUUUUUUUUAUUUCCAUCAACAUUUGGCAGGUGCAUUUGCAGAUGUGCAAAACAGUUGUACCUCGGGAAUCUGCUGCCAUCGGCAGUUUCACCCCAUCAUUCCUCGCCAACAAUGUAUGUUUUUUACACCAUUGUUCAUAUAUUAAAACAUUUGUAGACGUU